GUGUUAAUUAAUUAUAAACAAAUCAAUCAUUUAUAAUAAAUUAUAAAAAGUUUAUUUAAAAGUGAAAUAAUAUAUCGUAAAUAGCGAUGAUUUAAUAAUGUAAACUAACUCAAAAAUGAAAAUGAGUCUUCAGUUAUUAUUAUUUGUGGUGAUUAGCCUCUUGUUGUGGUCAAACACAGGCUAUGCCUUAGAGGGUCCAAACAUUUGCUUCAAAGAAGAAACUUACCCUAAAGAAGUCCAGGUGUCCAUACAGAUCCCAUAUGAGGUCAAAACAAUGGGCUGGUGUCUGGCGGUUCCUCCGCGAUGUCGCAAAACCAAAAUUGCAUACAAAAAGGGAUUCAAGAAUGAAACCAAACUAUCGACACGAAAGAUAGAGACCUGUUGUAAGGGUUAUGCAGAGACAGAGGACAGUAGUCAAUGUAUACCCAUAUGUGCCAACUCUUGCAUUUUCGGCGUCUGUAUUGCACCGGGAGUUUGUGAAUGUCAACCGGGGUGGGGCGGACAGACAUGUAAUGUUUCGUGUCCAAAGGAUAAAUGGGGAAACAAUUGUGAAAAUGAUUGCAAAUGUGAGCACAACUCGAAAUGUGAUGCCGUGACAGGUGUGUGUACCUGUGCUCCCGGUUGGUAUGGAGCUAAUUGUGAUAAGCCCUGUCCACUUGGAUAUUAUGGUUACCAUUGCAUACAAAACUGUCGUUGCGAUCAUGGAGUGUGCGAUCAUAUCACUGGCGCCUGUACUUGUGACCCGGGAUUUCAAGGACCACUUUGUAAAAAUAAAUGUCCUGCCGGUACACAUGGACCACAAUGUAUGAGUCAAUGCAUGUGUCAAAAUGAUGGUCAAUGUCAUCAUAUAACAGGCAAUUGCCAGUGUACUCCUGGAUGGAUGGGAGAAUUUUGUACAACAAAUUGUGCACUUUUGGGUAAAUGGGGUAAUAAUUGUAGCCAAUCUUGUGACUGUUAUAAUGGUGGGAUGUGUGAUCCUAUCGAUGGCUCAUGUAUUUGUAAAUUUGGAUAUAAGGGAAAUAAAUGUGAAGAGGAAUGUCCUACUGGAACAUAUGGAUUAAACUGUGAAAAUAAGUGUCAGUGUCUCAAUGAUGCCACUUGUGAUGCCGAAACUGGUCGGUGUAUAUGUUUGCCCGGUUGGAAAGGACCACAUUGUGAAUACCGUUUUUGCGAUGACAACAAUGUGUUUGGUCCAGAAUGUAAUAAUAUCUGUCAGUGCUCUGUAAACAACACUAUUUUGUGUCAUUCGUGGACAGGAGAGUGCAGUUGCAAACCGGGUUAUACAGGAGAGCUAUGUCAACGACAAUGUCCUCCACCCACAUAUGGUGAUCACUGCAAUGAAGUAUGCGAUUGUCAAAAUGAGGCUCUAUGUCAUCACAUUACUGGCGAAUGUCUUUGUAAUGCCGGAUGGAUUGGAACCAAAUGUGAAAAGUCAUGUAUGUCCGGCACUUUCGGUAUUGGCUGUACUCAAAACUGUUCGUGUUUUGGUAAUACUAAGUGUUUGCCACAAACUGGAAUGUGUCUAUGUCCGGCAGGUUUUACUGGAUUAAGAUGUGAACGUCCCUGUCCUCCAACUAAAUGGGGACAGUCGUGUCAAAAUAAUUGUAUUUGCCAGAACAAUGCUGCAUGCGAUCCAGUCGAUGGAUUCUGUACCUGUGCUGCUGGCUAUUCAGGAACUGAUUGCAGCCAAAAAUGUUUAAAUGCUUAUUAUGGAAUCGAUUGUAAGAAUCGCUGCAAUUGUAAUGAAUCCAAUACCAGAUUCUGUGAUCACGUGACCGGUGAGUGUGUCUGCAAAAAGGACUAUUCUGGGCUCCGGUGCGAGUUUGACGGAAAUCACUGUCUUAAAGGCAAAUGGGGUAUUAAUUGUGACAAACAAUGCAAUUGUUUUGAUGAUACAGCGUGUGAAACAAAUAAUGGAGAUAUUUGUAUUUGCAAUCGAGGCUGGACUGGAACUAAAUGCACGGAAAAAUGUAUAUCCGGUAAAUUUGGUAAAGAUUGCUCGGAAACAUGUCCUCAAUGUCAUAAUACUGAACAAUCGUGUCAUCAUAUCAAUGGUCACUGUAUUUGUUCGCCCGGAUAUGCUGGAAUCAAUUGUGGAGAGAUAUGUCCGGCCGGUAGGUAUGGAGAUGAUUGCAGUCAAGAAUGUGAGUGCUCUCCCAAAGGCGGUGAAUGCAAUCAUAUAACUGGAGAAUGCAUUUGUUUACCCGGUUGGAAAGGAAGGACUUGUUCAGAUCAAUGUGAACCGGGAUAUUUUGGAAUGGGAUGUAAACAAAAAUGCAAUUGUUUGAAUGGUGGCACCUGUAGAGCGGUUGAUGGCGCUUGUAUUUGUGCUGAUGGUUAUAUGGGUACCCGUUGUUCAGAAACCUGUCCCGAAGGAUUUUAUGGUAAUCACUGUUUGAAUAGUUGUAAAUGUGAUACUUCGGAUCACGUGUGCGAUCCCAUCAAAGGCUGUGUUUGCAAAUAUGGUUUCACUGGUGAUAAGUGUGACGUAAGGAUGCCAUUGGAAAGCCGUUAUAUGUUGACUGAAGCACCCGAAUCAUCCAACGGAGGAUUAAUAGCUGGAAUUAUAAUUUCAAUUAUAUUACUGAUCAGUGCAUUGGCUCUUGUUUUUUACUACAAAAGACGAUUAUUAGAUCUUAAAACCCAGUUAUAUGUGACUUACAGAGCUAAUGAUGGGGACAGUAUAGAACAAAAUCAUUUUGAUAAUCCUAUAUAUUCACAAUCACUACCAUCGCCGCCAAAUAAUGUUAAAAAUAUUCACAACAAUCUAAAUAAUAACAAAAAUAUUGUCUCACAAAAAGCCAAAUUCUUGUAUUCACCCGACGAUAAUUGCUGUACUCGUGUUGUGGACAGUUGUGGUGGCGCUGAAGCAUCCAAUUCUAAUGUUUCCAAUAUUUAUUCAGAAGUCGAUGAAAAGCCAAACAAUAAAUUAAGAGACAGUAAUAUGAAUCCAAAUAUCUAUCACAGUAUAGAAGAUCUCAAGAGAUUAGUCGACAAAAAGGAACCAUUUUAUGAUGAAAUCAAACGAAAAAGUGUUGAAGUGUUAGGCGAAGGAAGCAGUGGUUACGAUCACUUGCAUUAUGAUAGACCCCGAAGUGAUAUUAAACCAAAUUAUCAAACACUCGAUACGACAACAAACACUAAUUUAUUAAACAAUGAAAUACCAAAUAAUUUAACGGAACCGUCAACGAGUUGUUCACAAAAUGAUACAUAACUUCCAAUUAAUACAUAAUACAUAAUAUCAUAAUUUUUACAAUUUUUUAUUAUACAAUAUUUAAAUAUAAUUUUUAUA